AUGACUGUGACAGACGACUGCACCCACCGCUACCCAGAAACCGGCCUAUCAGUCCUGAUAGUCGGAGCCGGGGUCGCAGGACUGAUGGCAGCUCUCGAAUGCUGGCGCAAUGGACAUAACGUUAGGAUUGUCGAGAGAUCCCCCGAAGAAGUCACUACUGGUGACUCGUUCACAAUUGGCCCCAGUGCAACCCGCGCAUUCAAACACUGGCCCAAGCUAGCCGAAGAGAACGAAAAGAUUGCAUUCGUGCCUGAUAUUGCCUUCUACACAUUGAGUGGUGAUCGUGUGACAAAGUCAAAUCAUAUUGAAUACAGACAGGACAAAGGGUCCAAGAAGGUGCCAGGGCAACUCACCCGCCAUUGGAGGCCCCAACUUCACGGCAUGCUUCUCAAGCAGCUCUAUGCCAUUGGGAUUAGCGUCGAGUACGGAUGUAGGGCGAUGGAUUAUUUCGAGGAAGGCCAUACAGGGCGUGCAGGUAUAACAUUGGAGAACGGUUGUCGAAUGGAAGCAGACGUCGUUAUUGCUGCCGAUGGGUUGAGAAGCCAUUCGACCAAGGUGACACUGGGACAGGAGAUUCGGGCACGACCAACCGGACAAGCCUUGUAUCGGACUGCCUUUCCCGUCGAGUUAGCCAUGGCUGAUCCAAUGGUCCGAGAGAGGUUUCCGGUGGUAGGGGAGAAGGAAGGACCGAUUGAAUUUUGGGCUGGCGAGCACUAUCAUUUCCUCGUCAUUAGGACAUCCGAUAUCAUAUCUUGGACUUUAUCACACAAGGCCUACGAAAGCGCUACAGAAUCCUGGGCCCACCGAGCCGACCCCGAAGACGUCUGCAAAAUAACCUCAACCAUCCCUAACUGGCCAGAAGUGGCAGAUCGUCUAAUCCGUCUGACCCCAAAAGACCGACUCCUUCACUUCCGCGUGAUGUGGCGAGAUCCCCAGCCCACAUGGGUCUCGCCAGCAGGCCGUAUCGUACAGAUCGGAGAUGCCGCACACACCUACAUUCCGGCAUCAGGUAAUGGCGCAACACAGGGAAUUGAAGAUGCUGUCUCUCUAGCUACCUGCUUGCGAAUGGCGGGGAACACUGAGCAAGCUCCCUGGGCGCUGAGGAUCCAUAAUCGGCUACGCUUCGUCCGAGUCUCUUGUCUCCAAAAGCUAGGCCUCAUCAAUCUCAAAAGCUACUCCGAAAAGCCCAAGAAAGAUAACUUCACACCGAAGGGGCUCCAGUAUCUAACAGCGGAGUGGAUCUGGGGCCAUGAGCCGGAGAAAUACGCCGAGGAGAACUACAGCAAGGUACUAGAUCAUUUGCAGCGGGGCACUCCGUUCCAGGAUACGAAUAUACCCCGCGGUCAUGUGUAUCGAGACUGGACAAUUGAUGAGAUGUUGGAGAUGCAGGAGAGGGGGGAGGAGAUUGAGUUGGAUGGGGAGUGGGAGUAA